CAGUUGACGUCUUUGGAUUCACAGUCAACCCGUCACAAGGUCAGCAGCAGUUCGGCGCAGACAUGAUGUCUCUUGCUGCCCGGUCAGGGGCAUUUUCCCCUUACAUGCAGGCAACAGCUGUUGCUGUUGCUGGUCCUCUAAAAGCUCUGGUACCCGGGGUCGUGGUAAAGGGAGAGAAGAUUUUGUUAGACCCGAAAAAACAGUUCCUGUGCCGCGAAUCGCUCAGCGGCCAAAGCCCUAAGACGGGCCCUGCUGUGACUGUUAGCAUCAAUGGCUGUGCAGGAGUCCGAUUUGCCCACACAGAUGUCAGGGUACCGGACUUCACUGACUAUAGGCGUCCAGAGGUGCAGGACCCAGGCAAGUCCUCCCAGGAGAGCAGUGAGUCCAGGAGAACCUUCUCGUACCUUGUCACCGGCGCCUCAACCGUAGUGGGGGUCUACGCUGCCAAGACAGUGGUCAGUCAGUUUGUUUCUUCCAUGAGCGCCUCUGCUGACGUCCUGGCCCUGUCCCAGAUUGAAGUGAAGCUGAGCGACAUCCCCGAGGGCAAGAACAUGACCUUCAAGUGGAGAGGCAAGCCACUCUUCGUCCGUCACCGCACAGAAAAGGAGAUCGCCGCCGAAGCCGAGGUGAACGUGGCAGAGCUGCGAGACCCUCAGCACGACAAGGACAGGGUACUCAACCCCAAAUGGAUCAUCGUCCUCGGGGUGUGCACACAUCUGGGCUGUGUGCCCAUCGCCAACGCUGGCGACUACGGAGGUUACUACUGCCCGUGCCACGGCUCUCACUACGAUGCCUCGGGUCGCAUCAGGAAAGGCCCCGCCCCCCUGAACCUGGAGGUUCCAUACUAUGAGUUUGCAGACGACGACAAUGUGAUCGUUGGAUAAAUAACAUUCCCCCUUAAAUAUGGUGUUACAGGUGAACACUGAGAAGAUGCUGUGCUCGCCAGUGAAUGUCAUGAGGACAUGAAAUAAGAAACACCUGCCUAUCUUAAGUUAUAGUCCAUCUAAUUAGAAAAGAACAGAUGUUGUGUUCAGGUCUGUUUAAUAAAGAUUUCUAUUUUAUUUGACACCUUGUGUUCAGUGUUUAACAUUGUCUUUCUUGAAAUGAUAACCUUGCUUAAAAUAGUCACAAGUUAUAUCUACUGAUAGCCAUCGCAUACUAGCGCAGGAGUCUGGUGGUUCAUGGUGUAGAGACAGGAACUGUUUAAUUUAAAGUCCUGUUAUGUAGAAAUGAUGUGUGAGUCAAGCUUGAUAUUGUAGGAUUCUUAAUUCUCCACACACAUGCAGGUUUCGCUGCAAGGAUAAAUAAUAUCAACCAACUUGGGUUAAAAUAAAGGGUACUUGUACUGUACAGAGUGA